CAACGAAGCAACAGCAGGAGCGAGUUGUGUGUGUUCCAAAAACGGCACAAGCGCCCAAUACAGCAGAGGACACAGCAGCAAAAGCAGAAGCAGACAACAAGCAAGGCAGGCCAGCAGCCACGAGGUGCAGGUGCACUAAGCAAGCAAAGGCACGCGGAUUGCUGGUGGUGGUGGUGGUGUGGUGGGUGAAGCAGUGAGCGCAAGAAGGGAUCCGCAAAAGGGGUCACGCGAUGGAGCAACCGGCAAAGCAGGCCAAGAUGUCCACGAGCCCGUCUCGUGCGCACGCGAGAAGUGCAGCUGCGACCGCUGCUGCUGCAUCGUCUGCAGCAAACAGCAACCGCAGCAAUCAUGUGGCAGGAGGGAACGGGAGUAGCAGUAGUGCAGUGAAGAAGCCAGAGGUGGAUGAGACGGAGCCCCUAACCAUGCCUCGCACAGCCAAGUCCAUCAUUCAGAUCCUGCAGGAUAUGGGCAUCCCAUACUUUGAACCGCUCGUUGUGCCACAGCUCCUCGAGUUUUGCCAACGAUACAUCCACAGCAUGCUGGAGGACGGCACGAGGUUGGCGGAGCACCGUGUUGGGUCCGACAAGACAGCGGACAGCAGAGUCAAGGCUGCGGAUACAGUCGCUCUAACUGUGGAAGACGUCAAACUGGCCAUCCAGAGCAGGAUAGACUUUGACAACUCCGCCCCACCACCACGAGAGUAUCUGCUUGAGAUUGCGCGGGAGAAGAACGACAUGCCACUUCCCCCGAUCCCCGAGAAGCCCGGUCUCCAUCUUCCCCAGGAGCGUUACUGUCUCACCAACCCCAACUACACCGUCAAGCCCGUACCGAAGAAAUCGCGGGACGCGGGGCCGUGGCCGAAGCACUUCACCAAGGACACGGUGCAAGCUGCGAAGCGGGCGCAGAUGCAGCGGCGAAUGCGCGGGAAAGCGGCCGAGGAGAAGGAGGAGGCUGCGACGGCUGGCGAGUUUACACUCGACGACUCGGCAGCCCUGGACCUGAGCACAUCUGCUGAUGCAGCGAAAGAGGGCGGUGAGAAGAAGAAGGAAGGAGAGGAGGAAGAAGAUAAGAAGCAGGAAGGGGAAAGCGACAAGAAGGAGCAAGAGAAGCAAGCAAGCGAAGCACUCGCAACAGCAACAACAACAACGACGGCACCAAUGGGUUACAUGUCUGCUGGACUGCUGGGGAAAACAACAGAGGAAGACGACGACGAAUUCGAUUAGCAAUCAAUAUGCGUGUGUGUGUUUGUGUGCGUGCGUGCGUGCGUGCGUGUGUGUGUGUGUGGCAUUGAGACUGUUGUACUUGAGGGCAACGCCAACUUGUGUGAUUUGUUGGUGUGAAGGUGUCACUGUUGUUGUUGUGUUUGUUUGAUGCGCGUUUAUGGUUGAUUGUGUUUGUGAACAGUGGUGUCACCAAGAAGUAGGCAACACCAGCCAACCAAGGGUCAAGUAAAAGGUGAACUAACA